GAAAAAGGCUCAACUCAAGAAGAAAAGAGGGGUCCCAACUAUUAAUGAGCAGAUGUUGUUUCAUGGCACCAGUAAUGAAUUUGUAGAAGCAAUAUGUAUUCAUAACUUUGACUGGAGAAUAAAUGGGAUGCACGCUGCUGUCUACGGAAAAGGCACCUAUUUCGCAAGAGAUGCAUCAUAUUCCAGUCGCUUCUGCAAAGAGGACAUGAAGCAUGGAGACACUUUUCAAAUCCAUGGUGUGAAUCUGCAGCCUCAUCUGCAUAGACCAGAUAAAGUCAUGUUUCUCGCUCGUGUAAUAACUGGUGACUAUAUCAACGGUGAUUCAAAAUACAUGAGGCCUCCUUCGAAAGAUGGAAGUUUUGUGAACUUGUACGACAGCUGUGUGGAUAAUACCUGGAACCCAAAGAUCUUUGUUAUCUUUGAUGCCAACCAAAUCUACCCUGAGUAUUUAAUAGAAUUUUGUUAA